CACACCCAUAACGUUAAACGUAUUGCAAAGUGUCUCUUCGCAACCGUAAGCGUUCGCGCGAUUCAAAAAAAUUCUGUGUUUUACGGGAGUUUUGUUACCAAAGUCAAGAUGCAAGGCCGUGGUUUUAACAGGCAUUUUGGGAAAUCUAAAUUUACGCAUCCUUGUAGAACAGUCACACAUUCCAUUCCACCAACUUUUCAACCUCACGGAUAUAAAUGGGUUAGAUUCACGGGUGCUCGCUACUUCGUACCGGGAAUGAUCUGUGUCGGCAAGGACUUGGAUGGCUUGAAUCUUGUUGUUGGACGUGCCUUGCAUCAUGGUGAUAUGCUUCCUGCGAAGGUGAAGCCAGAACAUGGCGUUGCCUAUGUCUGUCACAACGGCAGUGAACACAUGAAGCAUGAUUUUGAGAUUUUGAUGCCUGCCGAAUUCCACUGGGUCCACGCGAGUAACGGUUACGUUCCACCACACGCGGUCGAAUCUGGAAAUACGGUGGAAGGAGAAAUGCUUUACGUAGGCCGUGCUUUUCAAAAUGGUAUACCAUGCGUGGGAAAAGUACAUAGAACCCACGGAGUAUUGUACGUACCUUAUGAAGGCAGGGAAAUCCCAUUUAGAGAUUACGAAGUGCUGGUACUAUCUUAAUCUGUCUGUAUGUAAGAAACGUUAAAUUUCUUGAACGGUAAAAGUACUUAAAUCUGCGCUCAACUGUAGAUAAAUGUAACUUUAUUAUUAAAGUAUAUGAAGAUACAGCUCUUUACUUAUAUAAUGCGCUACGCGAUUUCGCUGAAAAUUUCAUUAUUUACAUAUUUGCUAUAUACUUUAUGAUUAUAAGAAAAAGCUCAUUACAAACCGACUAUGACAAAUUCAAAAAUAAUUAGUAUGUGCUUAUUAAUGUAUUAAUGUACUGAUAGUAGCUAUAAGUACGCUAUAAGUAAGCCAUAAGUAUAAACACUGCAAAAAUAACGUAGAAAUUAUAUAGUUUAUGUGGAAUGCAUAAAUACAUAUUAAUUUACGACAAAGUGACUUAAUAAAUGAAAUUACGAGUAACCCAGGAAAUUACGCGUUUGUAGUAACGAUAAAAAUACAAACAUUUGUGAUUAAGGAUAUUCUCGACACAUAUUCACGCAACCUCGAAAAAUUUAGAGGAAUUCUUAAUGAACUGGAUUACUUUUCAAGUUUGUAGAAUUGUUAAAGAAUUUGAUAUUUAUUA